UUUUCUGCGGCGGUUUUGAGAGUUUAGGGUUUUAAGGGUUGAAGGAGCGGUUCUCCUAUGCAGUCCGCCUCGCACCUCAACUCCCACUCUCGUCUCCACCAAUACCCAUGGCACCAUCGCAAAACUCCAAGAUUUCGCUCCUCCAUCGAUCAAUCCAACUCCGUGAGGCCAAAUCUGUCCCUGCCUCCCAAAAAUCCAACAUUUUCCAAACUUUCGAAGCUUUCUCGCCGCUUCAAGCUCGAAGAGAUCGAGGGAUGCGAAGGCCGUAGUCUCCUUCCUCUCCCCGUCGUCGUUCAUAGGGCCGGCAAGUCCUCUCGGUACCUCUGGGACGGUGCCCACCUCCGGUUGGAAGGUUUCGAUCGAGAACCGGCCGAUGGAUUCAGGUUCGGCGAUGAAUUCCAGCGGCUGUUCCAGAUGUUGGGCGAGGCCAUCCGGCAUUUGUUCGUUCCGCGUCAAGUUCAGGACAAUUACAUGGGCUAUUUGAAGUGGAAAGUACUGCAUCGAGUCUCGAGCUCUGCUCUCCAAGUUCUUGCCACACAGGCUAUGUUUCGGGCAAUAGGAUUUGGCUCCUCCCAUUCCCUUCCCUCUGCAGCUGCGUUAAAUUGGGUAUUGAAAGAUGGUCUUGGUCGGCUUAGUAGGUGUAUAUACACAGCUAGUCUUGGUUCUGCAUUUGAUACGAAUUUAAAGCGAGUUAGGUUCUCCACAUCUGUUUUAUUUAGCUUGGGCAUUGGAAUUGAGUUGUUGACGCCUGCCUUCCCUCAGUAUUUUUUGCUUCUUGCUACAGUUGCCAACAUUGCCAAGUCUAUUAGUCUUGCAGCCUACCUAGCAACUGGUACUGCCAUUCAUCGGAGCUUCGCGAUAACUGAUAAUCUCGGUGAAGUUUCUGCAAAGUCCCAGAUUCAAACUGUUUGUUUUGACAACCUGGGUCUUUUGCUUGCUGCACUGUUGAAUAUAUUAUGCAAGAUUAACCAAAGAUUUCAAGCAGGUCUACCACUCAUCUAUCCUAUUUUCGCAGCAGUUGACUUGUUUGCUAUUUAUCAAGGACUUAAGUUUGUACACCUACAAACACUAACCAAGGAUAGGUUGGAGAUUAUAAUAAACACAUGGUUAUGUUCAGGAGUUGUCCCAUCUCCUGCAGAGGUUAGCAGCAAGGAAGGCAUAGAUGUCUUAAUGAAUAAAGGAAGCAAGCUAUGGCCAAUCAGAAUAGGAUGCCUUGAUCCGAAGGAUUCGUUCUCCAUGGUGUCAGUUUUGACCAUACAAUCUUUGCGUCAUGAAGAUCUUUACUUUAUUUGCAUGGAGAUAUCUCAGAAGGGUUUAACAAGAAAACAAGGAUCCUCCUUUCUUUACAGGAAACAGCGGUUUCCUCAGAUAUCAUUAUAGGCCUGCUACAGGUAACAAAGCUCAAUUAGAAAUUUGUGAUUUUACAUGGAGACAAAUAAAAUAAAAGGAGUUAUCAAAUUUAUAAUCUAUCACUUUUAUUCUCUGGCAGGUUUGAUUAUAGUCUCCUGUUUGUUACAUACUAUUCUCUUUUUUUCGUUUCUUCUAUGUGGAUGUUCAUCAAGAAUAAUGGUAUCUUGCACUGUCAAGAUUAGUGUAUUAUUUUAAUUUAAUGUGAGCUGUUGAAAUUAAACUUGUUUGUUUUGCAAUAGGCAUGCCUCAUCCGCAAGAUGUUGCUACCGAGGAGUAGCUCUAUCUGUAAUGCUAGCAGCACUGAAGACUCAAUGCUAGCAGAGUGGUUUAAAGUUGUAGAAGAUAGCAAGCUGCGUGCCAUUAGAGAGAGUACUCACUUGAUAGAAGAACUUCAAAGAGCUGGUUGGGUUGUGAAGAACAUUUUGUUGAAUUUCCAAGAGCAGAUACGAUAUAGCUUGGUGAGAGAGGAUUCAUAUACAAGAAUACACUGAUUGGAAACACAUCUUACUUUUUUCCAUUUUCUUUUUCCAUUUAGGUUGAGUGCUCACCGCGAUAAGUAAGGCCAGCACUUUCUACCAUCCAGCUGACCUUAGUCUGGAGCUGACUUUUUUUUUCUUCUCUUUUUGAGAGAGAGAAUUGGAGCUUGAUAUUUUGACAUGAUACUUAACUGCCAUACAAGAGUAAAAAUGGAACAAGAGAUUGUAGUGUUUCACAUUGCAAGGUGGGGAUGUUGGUUUUGCAACUUCUGUAACUUA